AUGGUUCUAGACACUAAGUUGGCAGGAUGCCAUGUCCUGAUCACAGGAGGCACUAAAGGCAUCGGCCGCGGCAUGGUUGAAGCCUUUGUUGAGCAAGGCUGCAACGUCUCUUACUGCGCGCGCACUGUCCGCGAGAACGACUUUGCUGAGCUUAAUUCGUCGCUCGGCAAAGAACAAGAGCAAGGGAUAACCCCUCGAGCAUAUGGUACCUCGGUGGAUAUCAGCAAUCGGGACGCUCUGAGCAAAUGGGUGGCUGACUCUGCCACUCGCAUCGGCAGAAUAGAUAUUGUGAUUGCCAAUGCGUCCAACAUGCAUUUUGAAUCCACCCCGCAAACCUGGCAAUCCUCCUUCGACCUCGAUGUCAUGGGCUUCGUUAACCUCGUGGAAGCUAGUCUCCCGUGGUUAGAGAAGUCGCCUCAGCCGUCCAUCAUCGUUCAGUCAUCUUUCAUGGGCCGCGAAUUCUUCCGCAGUCCCCCGGCUCCUUAUGGUGCAUGCAAGGCGGCACAACUGCAGCACGUCCAAGAGCUCUCGCAUUUCCUAGGACCUCGGGGAAUUAGAGUGAAUGCAAUCUCGCCCGGUCCAAUUUGGGCACAAGAUGGGGCUUGGGAGUCUUACAGCAAGAUUGACCCCGCAUGGGUGGAGGAGCAGAGGCUGAAAGUGCCGCUGAAACGCUUCGGGACCCCCGAAGACAUUGCAAAUGUGGCAGUAUUCCUAGCGAGUCCGUUAAGCUCCUAUGUGCAGGGUACCAACGUGAUGGCCGAUGGUGGGGUCCAUAUUGGGACGGAUUUCUAG